AAAGGGGAACAGACCUUGCUGUGGGGAUGUGUUUCGUACUCUGCUGCCUGGUAAAUCACUGUCUGCUCCUGCAGUUUUCAGGUGGAUGACAGUGGCUGAUGCCCCUAAUCAUUACAUGAUAACCUGCACUCAGGCUUCUGCACAUUAUUCCAGUGGAGCAAAGAGCACAGAGCCUGGGGAAUUGGGGGAAAUGAGCUCUUGGGGGAGAAAGCUGCAAAAAAAGACCUUUGUAACAUUGAUCUGACCGAACAAAGUGUCUGCUGCUGUUUCUUACAUUACUGAGCUCUUGCAGUAUGUUUCUGCUGCCUUUGCUUUGUGUGUGCCUGAGUCUGGAAGUGAGUCCCAUGCCCUGGACACUGCAGAGCCUUUUGAGGAGUAAAUGCUGUUGCCGUGUGGUGGAUCUCUAUUCUAAGCCCCGUUUCUGCCAUGAACGUCAUUCCCGUGCCUUUCCCUCUCCCUCCCAGGUCCAGUCUCUAUACAAGUAGGGAGUGGAAUUACGGGCUGGAGCCAUCCUGUAUCAAGUGUGUUUGUAUAUGCCCAAGCAGGGUUUUAUCUGCACUGAUGAACUGCACUCACUGGAAACUUGCUUUCCCUGGAAACCGUUUCAAUUCUGUCCUCAAAAAUGGCCUAAAAUGCUUGUCCUGCAGCUUGUCCCUCGGGUUCUUAAAUCCCUGUUAAUGCUUCCCCUGUUGCUUGCAUUUUGCUCCCCCUGUGGUUCUGCUGAGGUCAGACUUCCCUUUUGUUUUCUUUCCUUUCUGCCUUCCACUAGCGAGACAUUUUUAUGGUUUUUCAGCAUUCUGGGUGCUUUUGUGGAGUGCAGGUUAAAAGUACAGGCUGUUAAUGCAACAAAUGCUACUGUGCUGUCUGUCUGCAAAUGCCCAAGGGGAGCAAACUGGGACAUCUCCCAGCAUGUCCCUCCCACCCUGUCCCACUAAUCCCUGCACAGGCUCCUGCCCCUCACUGCUGUGUUUGUUCCCAGUGUUUGCCAGGACUAUGCCAUUGGGAAAGGGGGUGGCUGGGAGGGUGAAUGUGGAGACUGGGCUGGAUUUCUGCCCUUCCCUGGGCAGUGGAGUGUCCGGUGCACUUUGAUCCCUGGAGGGAGGCUUGUUAGAGGCAGCUGGCACUCUGCCCAAGCUGGGAACGGUCUCCACAGCACGCCUCGCUGCUUCCCAGUGGAAGAGAGGGUGGGAGUGUGUGGGUCAGGAUGAGGCCUCUGCUCUGGGCUGCCUGCAGCCAGCUGCUGCCCCGGGGAGCUGGGCUCUGCGCCUCCAAGCCAGCUGUGACCACUUUGGUGACCGCAUCACACCACAGCCUGCGGCCUCUGGCCCUUCUGGCCGCCUCCAGCUCCCCAGCCAGUGUGUCUGCAGGGUUCCUCCAGCCCCUGGUCCCAGGGAGCAGAGCCCCUAGCUGCUGGAGCUCGCAGUUCAACGUGCCCCCCAGUGCCUUGCUCGUGGCCCGGCCUGUGGGGGUCUGCUCCAUGAUGAGGCUUCCCGUGCAGGCGUCUGCAGAGGGACUGGACGUGGCAUUUGUCGGUGUCCCGCUGGACACAGGCACGUCCAACCGUCCGGGAGCCAGGUUCGGCCCGCGUCAGAUCCGUGCCGAGUCGGCCAUGGUGAGGAGGUACAACGGCAGCACCGGGGCGGCGCCCUUCGAUUCCCUGCGGGUAGCCGACAUCGGGGACGUGAACGUGAACCUCUACAACCUGCCUGACAGCUGCCGCCUCAUCCGGGAGUCCUACCAGGAGAUCGUGGCCUCUGGCUGUGUGCCCCUCACCUUGGGUGGAGAUCACAGCAUAACAUACCCGAUCCUGCAGGCCCUGGUGGCAAAGCACGGUCCCGUGGGACUGGUGCACGUGGAUGCUCACACCGACACCGGAGACACGGCUCUGGGGCAGAAGAUCUACCACGGGAGCCCGUUCCGGCGCUGUGUGGAGGAAGGGCUGCUGGACUGCGGCCGCGUGGUACAGAUCGGCAUCCGAGGCUCCUCCUAUGACCCCGAUCCCCACAAGUACUGCCGGGAACAGGGUUUCCGCGUGGUCCCAGCUGAGGAGUGCUGGAUGAAGUCCCUGGAGCCGUUGAUGAGGGAGGUGAGGGCACAGAUGGGGGACAAGCCAGUGUACAUCAGCUUCGAUAUCGAUGGGCUGGACCCUGCCUACGCUCCGGGCACCGGCACCCCAGAGAUAGCUGGGCUCACACCUGUGCAGGCUUUGGAGAUUAUUCGUGGCUGCAAAGGCCUGAACAUAGUGGGGUGUGACCUUGUGGAAGUCGCACCAAUGUACGAUGUCUCGGGCAAUACAGCCCUCCUAGGGGCAAACCUACUGUUUGAGAUGCUGUGUGUCCUCCCAGGAGUGAAGACACUGUGAGGGCAGUUCCCACCUGCCCUGAGGCAACGCUUCUCUGUGCCCUCAGCCAGGCUUUCCAUGUCCCCUUCCCUUCAGGCAGCUGCAGCCAGCAUGGGCUUUGCAGCAUGAAAUAAAUGCCAUUUACUACCAGAAAAGGUAUUUUUUAGCUGGGAAACUGUAGGGAGCAGGCUAGAUACCCCAUUUAAUUGGGGUCUGGAGCUUUGGAGCUGGCCUAGGAAAGGCAUAGAUGAGGCUAAUAACAUUUUGCCUCUGGAAUGAUUCACCCAGCUCACAGGGCUCCUGGAAAAACUGUCACUGGUGAAAGGUUUGUCCCAUUAGGAUGUUGCAGCAGGACAAUGAAUGUAGAAGAAGGGAGGACACGAAGGGGGCCUGAGCCUCCUGCUGUAAGAGUAG